CCAAAGAGUUAGGCUGACCUUACAGCUCAUCUCCAAGCCCACACCUGCUGGCACCGCGAAACUAUCGAGGGGGCAUGCUUCCAAUUUUCUGCAAGUCGAGAGUCGAGACCGCCAUCGAAGCACCGGCGCCAAUGAAGACUUGAAGAGGGCUAAAACGAAAAAGAUGCCAGGAUGACAAAAUUUCCCACUCCACUCGAAUUAAAACCCUAGCGGCAAAACCUUCGCUCUGCGCCGCCGUCGCCUGCUCCCGUCCCGCCACCACAUCCGCCCAGGAGCUCGCCGUCGGGGAGGCUGCUCGAGGAGCCGCGCUGUCUCUCCCGCGCCGCGACCUUCGCCCUCGCCGCCGCCAUGAUCUGCGCGAUCUCCGGUGAGGUGCCGGACGAGCCGGUGGUGUCGAAGAAGUCGGGGCUUCUCUUCGAGCGGCGGCUCAUCGAGCGCUACAUUGAGGACCAUGGCAAGUGCCCCAUCACCAAGGAUGAGCUUACUAUGGAUGAUAUCGUGCCGGUCAAUACCAACAAGGUCGUGAAGCCCAGGCCUUUGCAGGCUGCAAGCAUUCCAGGACUCCUUGGGAUUUUUCAGAACGAGUGGGAUGCUCUCAUGCUUUCUAAUUUUGCUUUGGAGCAGCAGCUACACACAGCAAGACAAGAACUUAGUCAUGCACUCUACCAGCAUGACGCUGCCUGCCGUGUUAUAGCCAGGUUGAAGAAGGAAAGAGAUGAGGCUAGAGCACUUUUGGCUCAAGCUGAGAGACAGAUUCCAGCAUCAGUUGCAGGAGCUGCUCCUGCAGCUGUUGUUUCCAAUGGAAAAAGAGCAAUGGAAGAUGAAAUUGGCCCUGACGGAAAGAAGAUUCGUCCUGGUAUCAACCCUGUCAUGAUUGAUGAACUUACAGAGUGUAAUACCAUGCUUUCAGCACAGCGUAAGAAAAGACAGGUUCCUCCAACUCUGGCACCAUUAGAUGCACUCGAGAGAUACACUCAAAUCUCCAGCCAUCCCCUUCAUAAGACAAACAAACCAGGCAUUUUGUCCAUGGAUGUUCAUCCUUCAAAGGAUGUUGUUGCAACUGGGGGUAUCGAUACAAAUGCAGUAAUCUUUGAUCGGUCAUCUGGUCAAAUCUUGUGCACGCUUACUGGUCACUCAAAGAAGAUAACCACUUUAAAGUUUGUUCCACGGGAUCAACUCUUUGUAACUGGAUCAGCAGAUAAGACUGUUCGCAUUUGGCAAGAGAACGAGAAUGGAAACUAUAACUGCGUCCAUACAUUGAAAGAUCAUACUGCUGAGGUUGAAGCUGUUACAGUACAUGCGACUCAGAAGUAUUUUGUGAGUGCUUCCAAGGAUAAUUCGUGGUGCUUCUAUGAUAUUUCAACAGGAUCUUGCCUGACACAGGUUGGCGAGGCUUCAGGACAAGAGGGAUAUACAUCCGCGUCUUUCCAUCCAGAUGGUCUUAUCCUUGGAACAGGAACUACUGAUGCUGUUGUUAAAAUUUGGGAUGUGAAGACUCAGUCGAAUGUCGCGAAGUUUGAGGGGCAUGUAGGACCAGUCACUGCUAUGUCCUUCUCUGAAAAUGGUUACUUCCUAGCGACUGCUGCUCAUGAUGGUGUCAAGCUUUGGGAUCUUCGGAAAUUAAGAAAUUUUAGGACCUUCUCUCCCUAUGAUUCAGAUACGCCAACAAAUACUGUGGAAUUUGAUUUUAGUGGAAACUAUCUUGCCAUUGGUGGUUCAGAUAUAAGGGUCUACCAAGUAGCUAAUGUUAAGGCCGAAUGGAAUCUCAUCAAGACAUUACCAGAUUUAUCUGGAACAGGGAAAGUAACUUCGGUAAAGUUCGGAGCAGAUGCUAAGUACAUAGCCGUAGGUUCUAUGGACCGCAAUCUACGGAUAUUUGGCCUCCCUGGAGACGACCAAAUGGAGGAAUCAACCACAGCGGCAGAGUGAGGAAAAUCCAUGGUUAUCGGCAUUCAUUGUCUAUUUGGCCACUGUCGAGAGGUAAUCCACGGAGACACACCGCUGGCGCCCGUGACACUUGGCCUGUUUGGUUACUUGCUAAAAAUUGCUACACAUUUUUGUGCCACACUUGUUUAAGCACACUUGUUUAAGGUGUUUAAGGUUAUACGCUCAAAUUCCGCGUCACAGCUUGUUUGUCACUCAUAAGAGAAUAUUGCCUGUAAAAUGAGAGUCUGAACGACUUGCCCGUAAAAUGAGAUGGAAAAUCAGUUAGCUGUA